UAUAACCCCCCGCAGUCACGGGCAGCUAGCACCAGCACAUGCGUAUAUCACGCUGUUAGCCUCGCGUGCCUCUCAAUUGCCUUUUGCAUGUAGAACACUCGUCGCUCACCUCGACCAUGGCGGAACACAUCCCACAACCACCCUCCAAACCCUUCCCCAUCCGCCCACUCGCCCCUAAAGGCAUGAAGAUCGAAACGCCACUCCUAGAUCCGCGUGUAGAGACUCUCAAAACUAAUCACGGCAAUGUCGGGGUUCUGUCGCCCGUCAAUCAGAACGGGAGCUUCGAAUUCGAUCGCGUUAUAAAGUCCGGCAUGGUGCUCAAGAGGACGCGCAAGACCAAGUCGUGGAAGCCUAUCUACCUCGUCCUACGGCCAAACCUCCUCUCCAUCUACAAAGACAAGGCCGAGACCAGGCUGCGGCACCAGAUUACCCUCUCUGAAGAAAUUACGGCGGUCGCGCGCCAGAAAGACUCCAAGAAAAAGAUGGAUCACGUGUUCGGCUUGUUUUCACCCUCUCGGAACUACCACCUCGGCGCGUCUAGCGAGCAAGAUGCACAGGAAUGGGUCGAGGCUAUUCGGAGAGAGGCGCGCAUCGACGAGGAAGAGGAGGAGAUGAUCCUCAUGAGCCCGUCUGGAAACAAAAAUACAUUCAUGGGCUUUGAUCGGGCGAAACGCGAGCAUCUUGGAUCAAGCUCCUCUGAAGCUGAGCCUAGACCCUCCACUUCCAUCGCCCCCGAGAACAUGCACAGCGCGCGACGAACCUCGCACACCGUGAACUACUCCGGCAAUGAUAUGGGCUCACUCUCAGACUUCUCCGAUACAGGUGGAGCCUUGCAUACCGCUCUCCAGAGCUCCUCCAUCUCCCUCCCGCGAGAUUCCCAUCCACAGAACCGCAACGUUAGCCAAGGGAGCAACAUCGGCGCAACACCUGACGACGAGCGCGUUAUUUACCACGGCUGGCUCUACGUGCUGAAGUCCAAAGGUGGCGUUCGGCAAUGGAAGAAGGUAUGGGUCGUGCUACGUCCCAAGACCCUCGGCCUCUACAAAAACGAAGAAGAAUACUCUGCGAACCUCAUCAUACCGUUCUCGAGCAUAAUUAACGCGGUUGAUAUCGACCCGGUGUCGAAAAGCAAGAAAUACUGCAUCCAAAUCAUCUCUGAAGAAAAGAACUUCCGCUUUUGUGCCGAGAGUGAGGACUCGUUGGCAAAGUGGCUUGGCGCGUUGAAAAGUCUGCUGGUGAAGAGGAAGGAAGCGGAGCAACCGAGAGUGAUUGCCACAACACCAAAUGCGCCCGGCGCCCAACAACAUGCUCAGCAGGCUGCAGCCCCGAAACCGAGAUCCACCAGUGGACAACAGCCUCUUCAAGGAGUGCCAACUACAGCUACAAAUGGAUCGCAACAACAGCAUAUCCAGCAACCUACAGCGUCGAAAACAAGAUCCGCAAGCGAGCAGCGGCCUCUCCAAGGAACGACAGCGGCAACCACAAGCAGCGCACAACCACAAAACUCCCAAAAUCAAAAGUGAUUGAUGUUACUACCCCUUUUAUUGGUCUCUCUGACUAGAUCAUGAAACUGCCGAUUUCUUCCUUCUGGCACAAAUCGCAACCUACUCGCCAUACCUCCACCCCCGACCCCUGUAAAUACCCGGGGUAAAUACCACACAACACAACAUAGUUACCCC